AUGUCUCUUUUCCGCACCAGCUUCCCUGCCUCGGGCGACUUCGCUCCCCUCUUCCGUCUUCUCGACGACUAUGAUGACCACCGUUCCAGCCGUCGCCAACCCACCCUGCGCAACUGGUCUCCACGCUUCGAUGUGCGCGAGACUGACGACUCCUACCACCUGGAUGGCGAACUUCCGGGCAUUGCCCAGCAGGAUGUCAACAUCGAAUUCACCGACCCUCAAACCCUGGUCGUGAAGGGUCGCUCCGAGCGCGAGUACCAUACCUCUGAUCCUGAGGACAACGUGGCUGAGAGUGAAGCCCAAGACACCGAGAAGGCUUCUCAGAUCACUCACCGUUACUGGUCCAGCGAGCGCUCGAUCGGCGAGUUCCAGCGCACUUUCACAUUCCCCAACCGCGUCGACCAGGACAACGUCAAAGCCAGUCUGAAGAACGGCAUCCUCUCUGUCCAGGUCCCCAAGGCGACGGCUCCGACGACCAAGAAGAUUACCAUUGAGUAA